UUCCGCCCUUUCCUCUCUCCCUUCGCAGAGAGCGCUUGCACAUCCCCCUUCUCUUUAGAACGCGCACAACUAACUUCGGGGACAACCGCUGGCCAGUAGAUAAUACAGGAUAGUCUACCCGUCGCACAGUGACAGAACUGAGACGCAAGGUUGAAGGAGGCCAUUUGAAAUCGGACCUUCAACAUCAUUCUCACUCUUGUUCGACUGCAGAGGACUGGGUACAAUUGUUAUCAACAAAUUCAAUUUUCAACAUUUGUUCUUGGGGGACUUUUAUGCAAAAUGAACCAGAAGAAUGUGAUGCUGUUUCAAUGUGUGCUCCUGUUGUGGCUGGGCACCUGUCUAAGCCAAAGGGACUGUACAAGCGUGGAUUGUCCAGUGUUGGACAACUGCAUUGAGGAGGUUUUGGAGAAGGGAGCUUGCUGUGCCACCUGUGUUAAAAUAGGAUGCUCAUGUGAAGGUUACCAGUACUAUGACUGCAUCCAUGCAGGAUUCCGGAAUGGUAAAGUUCCAGAGGGAGAAUCUUACUUUGUGGAUUUCGGAAGCACAGAAUGUUCUUGUCCACAGGGAGGCGGGAGGAUCGGGUGCCAUUUCAUCCCGUGUCCCGAGAUCCCUCCAAACUGCAUCGCUGUUGCGGAACCCGCGGAUGGAUGUCCGCAGUGCGAGCGCAUUGGCUGUAUCCAUAUUAACCAGAAAUACGAGGCAGGUCACUCCUUCCAGAUGGACCCUUGUCAGGUGUGUCACUGUCCUAAUGAUGGCGGGAGCCUGAUGUGUUCCCCUAUCCCUGACUGUGACUCGGGUAACGUUAAGAAGCCCAUGAUAGCAACAACCACACAGAACAACGACCCUCCGAGAGACCUCAGCAAACUGCAUGAUAACAAACAGACAAGCCCGCUAGACCCAUUCGCCACCGCUAACACCCUACCUCUUUACAAAGAGGAGCCAUCCGUCCUGGAUGAAGAUGAGGAUUAUGACUACACACUGCCUGACCCCACAUCUACCACUCCACAAAACCUGGUCCAGCCAACAGAAUCUACCACUCCACAAGACCUGGUCCAGCCAACAGAAUCUACCACUCCACAAGAUCUGGUCCAGCCAACAGAAUCUACCACUCCACAAGACCUGGUCCAGCCAACAGAAUCUACCACAGUGUCACCAUCCUAUGCUGAGACAAGCUCUUCUCCUUAUGAGAUUUUUAAUGACCUGAGGCAGGAGCUGAGAGAGAGACUAGGAACAUACGAUCAGGAGCGAACAGAGGAGGCGACCGUUACUGAGGAUCCACAUCACAUAGAUCAGACCACCUCAAUGGCCCAGGGUGAGUCAACAACAUCAACAACUAAACAGGAAGUGACCUCAGAGAGCCAAAGGCGUCAACAGGAGGUUGUUGACCGGGACAGCAGGCAUCACAGAGACAGUGACAGAAUGAUGAAGAGUGACAGUUCGGAGGACGUCACACCAACUGUCCGUAGUGACAAGGGAGUGAGACACACUGGCCUCCACGAACAAAGAGACAGCCACAGCAGUCACCACCAUGAUGGCAGUCCUUUAUCCCAAAGUCAUGGAAGGCACCUUGAGGAGCAGCGUGAGAAGCAGCGUGAGCAGCCCAGAACGCCCCAGAGUAAACCUGACCAGGAGUCUUCAUUCCCCACAGAGAAGUUCAGCCCGACCAGCAGAGCUCCUGUCACGAGGGAGGAGGGAGUCCAGCUGGCCAGGAGACAGCCCCACACCCUCUUCAACUACCAGGGCCCAAACGAACAGCCUGGAAACACUGAGGUUUCUUCCAAGGAGUUGGUGGAGACCUGCUGUGGGACAGGGGAGAAGUGGGCCUCAGCCAAUGGCCACUGCAGCAACAUGGAGCUCCCCAGAGAGGACAGACACUCCAUCUGUCGGACGGCUCAGAGACAGUGCUGUCUGGGCUCUCUGAAGGAGAGUCGCUGUUUCUCUGGUAUGAAUGCAGCCAGAGAGGGAGUUGUGUGUGAGGUGGACAACAAUGACCAGUGUGGAGCUGACUCCUUCAAGGAGUGUUGUAGCUGCUGCUCUCUGGGGCUGAGGUUCCGUAGGGAGGGCCACCGCUGUGAGGCCCAUCAGUACCUGGGCUACCCCUGCAGCCACGUCUUCCUCACCUGCUGUGAGGGAGAGGAGGAGGUGGCGAGAGAGGAGGGGGAGGGAGACGGCUUGCACACCCUCAGAGAGAGGCCUGUGCUUAACCCGACUGCAGUGCCAAAGAGAGUGUCAGACAGUCCGUUCCCUAAAGAGGCCUUCUCCAUCGGGGAGGAGGAGGAGAAGGAGAGGGAGAAUACGGUGGAGGGCCCUCCGGAGGUGGAGGAUGUAGAUGAGUGCCAGUUUUACCAGGGAACACUAUGCCACCACAGGUGUAUCAACACCCCUGGCUCCUUCAGGUGUGCCUGCUACCCUGGCUAUGUACUGCAGAAGGACGAGGUCAGCUGUGUGCCAGAGACGGUAGAUGAAGAGAACAAGUUGAGAGAGGAUGACAGGCCAGAGGUGGAGUCUACCUCCACCACACCCUCCACCACUCCAACCUCUGUUAACCCCUGUGAGGGAAAUGGCCUCUGUAUGCAACAGUGCUCCUCAGUGGCUGGUAGACCUGGCUGCUCCUGUUUCCCUGGAUUCUCUCUGAUGGCUGACGGACAAUCCUGUGAAGAUAUCAAUGAGUGUUUGAUGUCCACUCGUACCUGUCAGAUGAACGAGAGAUGUGUGAACACGGCUGGUAGUUUUGUGUGUCGGCGUCAGAUCACCUGCUCUCUGGGUUACCAGAUCAACAACGACGUCUGUGAAGAUGUUGAUGAGUGUUUUCAGGGGACUCAUGACUGUGGGCCAGGCUUUGAGUGUGUGAACAGUGAGGGCUCGUUCAGGUGUAAUGCCAAACCUCGCUGCUCCAUGGGCUUCACACAGGACACACAUGGAAACUGCAUUGACAUAGAUGAAUGUGGUGUAGUGGGCCAGCCCUGCAGUCCAGGCUUUAACUGUAUCAACACUGUGGGAUCCUACAGCUGCCAGAGGAAGAUCAUAAUGUGUAGCCGUGGUUACCAUGCCAGCCCAGACGGAGCCAGAUGCAUAGAUGUGGAUGAGUGUCAGAGCGCUCUACACCACUGUGGGGAGGGACAGAUCUGCCACAACCUGCCCGGCUCCUACCGCUGUGACUGCCAGACGGGCUACCAGUACGACAUGUUCAGGAAGACUUGUGUGGAUGUGAACGAGUGUUGGCGCUACCCUGGCCGCCUUUGUGCCCAGACCUGUGAGAACACCCCGGGAUCCUAUCAGUGUUCCUGCACCGCUGGGUUCAGCUUAUCCAGGGAUGGCAAGAACUGUGAAGAUGUGAAUGAGUGUCUGACCAACCCCUGCAGUCAGGAGUGUGCCAACAUCUAUGGCUCCUACCAGUGUUACUGCAGACAGGGCUCCUACCUAAGGGAGGAUGGACACACCUGUGAAGACAUUGAUGAGUGUGCCCAGAGCAUUGGCCACCUGUGUUCCUUUAAGUGUGUCAACGUCCCAGGGAGCUACCAGUGUGCCUGUCCCGAGUACGGUUACACCAUGUCUCCCAACGGACGCUCCUGCAGAGACAUAGACGAGUGUACCAUCGGGGCCCAUAACUGCUCCUUGGCUGAGACCUGCUACAACAUCCAGGGAGGCUUUCGCUGUCUGUCCUUCGACUGUCCACAGAACUACCGCAAAUCCUCUGACAUGCGCUGUGAACGACAGAGCUGCCCCAACUUGCUGGACUGUCAGAACUCUCCUCUCAGGAUCACCUACUACCACCUGAGCUUCCAAACCAACAUCGUCAUCCCUGCCCAAAUCUUCCGCAUCGGCCCCUCCCCCGCCUACUCCGGGGACAAUGUCAUCAUCAGCAUCACCCAGGGCAACUUGGAGAACUACUUUAGCACGCGGAAGCUGAACGCCUACACGGGCGCGGUGUACAUGCACAGGCAGGUGCGUGAGCCACGGGACUUUCUGAUCGAUGUGGAGAUGAAGCUGUGGAGACAGGGCACCUUCACUACGUUCCUGGCCCGGAUCUAUGUCUUCAUCACGGCCAACUCACUCUAAAAGACUGGCCCCCAGCCUCACCCUACUUCCACCCUUGUCCCACCCUCUCAAUGGACAGCCCAUCCCCUUCUAUACCCCUAGGCCUACCACUCAAUGGACAGCCCAUCCCCUUCUAUCCCCCUUGCCCCACCCCCUCAAUGGACAGCCCAUCCCAUUCUAUCCCCCUAGCCCUACCCCUCAAUGGACAGCCCAUCCCCUUCUAUCCCCCCUAGCUCUACCCCUCAAUGGCAGCCCAUCCCCUUCUAUCCCCCCUAGCUCUACCCCUCAAUGGACAGCCCAUCCCCUUCUAUCCCCCUAGCUCUACCCCUCAAUGGACAGCCCAUCCCCUUCUAUCCCCCCUAGCCAUACCCCUCAAUGGACAGCCCAUCCCUUUCUAUCUCCCUAGCCCUACCCCUCAAUGGACAGCCCAUCCCAUUCUAUCCCCCCUAGCUCUACCCCUCAAUGGACAGCCCAUCCCCUUCUAUCUCCCUAGCUCUACCCCUCAAUGGACAGCCCAUCCCCUUCUAUCCCCCCUAGCUCUACCCCUCAAUGGACAGCCCAUCCCCUUCUAUCCCCCCUAGCUCUACCCCUCAAUGGACAGCCCAUCCCCUUCUAUCUCCCUAGCUCUACCCCUCAAUGGACAGCCCAUCCCCUUCUAUCCCCCCCUAGCUCUACCCCUCAAUGGACAGCCCAUCCCCUUCUAUCCCCCCUAGCUCUACCCCUCAAUGGACAGCCCAUCCCCUUCUAUCCCCCUAGCCUCAAUGGACAGCCCAUCCCCUUCUAUCCCCCUAGCUCUACCCCUCAAUGGACAGCCCAUCCCCUUCUAUCCCCCCUAGCUCUACCCCUCAAUGUACAGCCCAUCCCCUUCUAUCCCCCUAGCUCUACCCCUAAAUGGACAGCCCAUCCCCUUCUAUCCCCUCUAGCCAUACCCCUCAAUGGACAGCCCAUCCCCUUCUAUCCCCCUAGCUCUACCCCUCAAUGGACAGCCCAUCCCCUUCUAUCCCCCCUAGCUCUACCCCUCAAUGGACAGCCCAUCCCCUUCUAUCCCCCUAGCUCUACCCCUCAAUGGACAGCCCAUCCCCUUCUAUCCCCCCUAGCUCUACCCCUCAAUGGACAGCCCAUCCCCUUCUAUCCCCCUAGCUCUACCCCUCAAUGGACAGCCCAUCCCCUUCUAUCCCCCCUAGCUCUACCCCUCAAUGGACAGCCCAUCCCCUUCUAUCCCCCCUAGCUCUACCCCUCAAUGGACAGCCCAUCCCCUUCUAUCCCCCUAGCUCUACCCCUCAAUGGACAGCCCAUCCCCUUCUAUCCCCCCUAGCUCUACCCCUCAAUGGACAGCCCAUCCCCUUCUAUCCCCCUAGCUCUACCCCUCAAUGGACAGCCCAUCCCCUUCUAUCCCCCCUAGCCCUACCCCUACAAUGGACAGCCCAUCCCCUUCUAUCCCCCCUAGCUCUACCCCUCAAUGGACAGCCCAUCCCCUUCUAUCCCCCCUAGCUCUAUCCCUCAAUGGACAGCCCAUCCCCUUCUAUCCCCCCUAGCUCUACCCCUCAAUGGACAGCCCAUCCCCUUCUAUCCCCCCUAGCUCUACCCCUCAAUGGACAGCCCAUCCCCUUCUAUCCCCCCUAGCUCUACCCCUCAAUGGACAGCCCAUCCCCUUCUAUCCCCCCUAGCUCUACCCCUCAAUGGACGGCCCAUCCCCUUCUAUCCCCCCUAGCUCUACCCCUCAAUGGACAGCCCAUCCCCUUCUAUCCCCCUAGCUCUACCCCUCAAUGGACGGCCCAUCCCCUUCUAUCCCCCUAGCCUUAAUGGACAGCCCUUCCCCUUCUAUCCCCCUAGCUCUACCCCUCAAUGGACAGCCCAUUUGUUUCCUACCAUACUGACCGUCUAGUAGACGAGUUGCCCAGUUUUAUACCACACUGAUGAUAUCAAAAAGUAGUUUUGCACUGUUAACAAAAAAACGAUUCAACUUAAAAAGUUAAGUUACCUGGCUGCCUUACAAUCGGUUACGUCAACUAGUAGUUCAAAUUAGUUGACAAAACAUAAUAUGAGUGACAUUAGUUUAUCAAGUUGAUUCAACUUGAAAUCUUAAGUCAGUGGGCUAGAGGUAACAUUAGUUUUUACAGUGUAGAGAAGGGCUCUCCAACCCCAGUUGUAACUAACCCGAUUCAGCUUAUCAACCAGCUAAUUAUUAGAAUCAGGUGUGCUAGCUUCGGGUUGGAACGAAAACGUACAGGAUGGUAGUUCUCCAGGAACAGGGUUGGGGAUCCCUGGUGUUAGCGUGUUGUUGUCUUUAACCCACUAAGACAGGUUGUGUCAGGGCCUCAAUCCAAAUUCUCUCUUUUCUAUCUCCCUUAAGCUGCUGUUCCUUUCUAUCCUCUUGAAGAAUGUUGUACCACUAUGGUAAUUUAAUAUCACAGUAUAUUAUGACAUGUAUUUGUAUUUACUGUAUGUAUUAUUCAGACACAUUAGAUAUGACUGGAUGUAUCAUAUUUUGUUCCGCUAUUUUCAUAAGCUGCAAAUUAUUUUUAGUAAAAAUGAAAACUACACAAACUGUUUUAUGUUCCGUGUCUACCGUAUGACCUAUAACAGUAGCUGUAUCCGAUGAGCAGAUUCAAAUGAAAUACAAGGCGUGUUUUUUUUACACAUAAAAUCCAACUGAAGAAAAGUAUUCAAUUGAAUUGACUUAAAAGUAAACCAAAUUAGUGCUACUCCUGUUUAUGUUCGUUCACACAGUACAAGUGAAUCCAGAAGUGGUUCCAAUGUUAGCACCAUGUCAGAACAUGUUAUACUGUUAAUAUACAUGCUUAUUUACAUACCUUUUCACACCUCCCUAGUGAGAUCACCACCGUCAAACCGACAAUAUCAAAUAUAAAAACAACAUACAUGUUUUAUGAUGACUAAUCAAAACCAGGGCUAUUAUCAUAAUAAAAACAUAUUAUCUUAUUUAUAAUAAUAUAAUGAAUCACUGUAUGAAGCAGAUGAUUUUAAAGUAGCUGUCCAGUGUUUCCAGAUUUCUAUGAAUAAUUAAUUACAAUAUGAGUGAAUGUUUAUUUUUUACCCCAACUCUGAUAUUGUAGCACUUGUUGAAAGAGUAACAUCUCCAUCUACAGGAUAUUGUGUGUUCUACACUCAGUAUUUGGUUCUACACCAUUGCUGCAUGGCUGGAAUUCAAUCCAACUCACAAUGGAAAUGUAAAAGACGCGUCAUAAAGGCUUGGGUUUUGAGCCAAAA